AUGACGGCCAGCACAACGGAGGGGCUCGAGCCUUUCGACAUCACCCACCCUGAAGAGUGGGAGGACUAUGCAGAACGUUUCCAGUUCUUCCUCGAGGCGCAGGGCGUUACGGACGCCAGCAAGAAGAGAUCGAUAUUCCUCAGCCGCUGCGGUCCCGCCACUUUUCAAUUAGCCAGGGCGCUCGUGGCACCGGCCCAGCUGAAGGAUACACCGUUCGAAACAAUCCUCGCCGUUCUGCGUGACCGCCUAGCGCCGAAACCACCGGAGCUUGCCAGACGAUAUGAAUUCCAUCGCCGCGACCAGGCACCAAGUGAGUCUGCCGCCGCCUACCUCGCUGCUCUUCGAACGACGGCACAGCACUGCAACUUCAACGACCUCGACACCGUGCUACGGGAUCGAUUCGUGUUCGGACUGCAGAAGGACACGGUGAAGCGGCGACUACUGGCGAAAAAAGAGGUGUCUUUCACUAGUGCUGUCGAGGAAGCAGUCGCCGCUGAGGCCAUUGCCCGGGAAGCCAGCCUAGCCUCGUUUCAAACUACCAACGCGCCACGUUUCGAGCCCGUGCAUCAAGGGACGACGACGGGCGAUGAUGGCGAGCAAGACACCGCCGAGGAUGUUCUUCGGUUACGUGCGAGCCUCACUCAGCGACGGGACACCGAGAGAUUGGUGGGCGGCCCCUGCGCCAGCUGUGGAGGCCCGCACGAACGCCGCCUGUGUCGGUUCCGUGGUGCCCAGUGCAGGGAAUGUGGAAAAACCGGUCAUAUUGCUAAGGUCUGCCGGUCCCGGAGGCAGCUUAGCCCCCGUCGAAAUGCCAAAGAUCAAGCCCGGAUGCAACAAUUCAAGACCACUCCUCGCACAAACAUUUCAUACUGCGACGACUUGGCAGUUACUGCUAUCAACGAAGUGUCUAAACCCGCCAAGAGGAAGAUACAUUACUUGGCCACAACCUCCCAUAUGAACAACACAAUCAAACCAUCCUCACUUGAUAGCAUAUUCCGGGAUUUUGCCUCUGUGUUCGACGGGACGCUGGGCUGCUACAAGGGACCGCCCGUUCAGUUUGCACUUGACCCUGAGGUUGUGCCUAUCCGCCUGAAAGCAAGAAGGGUUCCUUUCGCACUGCGACCGAAAAUCGACGCCGAACUGGACAAGCUGAUAACACAAGGAAUCCUAGAGCCGGUUGACCACGCUCGUUGGGAAACCCGUAUUGUUACGCCACUGAAGGCAAAUGGGGACGUCCGCAUCUGUGCAGACUACAAGUGCACCAUCAACAAAGCCUUGCAGAAGCACUCGUAUCCGGUACCAGCUGUCAACCACCUGCUGGCAUCCCUCUCUUGUGAUGUCUUUGCGAAGCUAGACUUAGCACAGGCCUACCAACAGCUCCUAGUGACUGAUGAAUCAGCAGAUGCGCAGACCAUUGUGACGCAUCGGGGUGCUUUCCGCGUUCGACGAUUACAGUUCGGUGUCAGCGUCGCACCUGGCAUCUUUCAGAGUUUAAUGGAGAACCUAUUGCGCGGACUACCAGGUGUCAUUCCAUAUUUUGAUGAUGUCCUCAUUUCAGGUGCAUCGCACCAAGAACUACUUAGUCGCCUCCGAGAGAUCCUUCAGCGGUUCCAAGAUGCAGGGCUUAAGGUCAAGAAGGAUAAAUGCCAGCUAGGAGUGACUCAAGUGGAAUUUUUGGGUUUCCGAGUCGAUGCUGAGGGAAUCCACCCCACACUGGCCAAGACGCAAGCCAUCCUUAAUGCACCGCGGCAGUUGAACAGAGCCGAGCUGCAGGCCUUCCUGGGUCUUCUCAAUUUCUAUCAUGCAUUCCUUCCACACAAGGCCACUGUCGCUGAACCCCUGCACCGUUUGUUGGACAAGAAGGUCCCCAGGCUGUGGGGAAACCUACAACAAACUGCGUUCGACAAUGUGAAGAAGCUACUGGCAUCCAACCAGGUGCUGACACACUUCGACGAGAAGAAGCCGGUAAUCCUUGCAUGUGAUGCGUCCCCGUACGGAAUAGGAGCAGUGUUGAGUCACAGAAUGCCGGAUGACACGGAAGCACCAAUCGCUUUUUAUUCGAGAACCUUGUCCUCUACAGAGCGUAAUUACGCCCAGAUUGAUAAGGAGGCACUCGCUGUGGUUGCCGGAGUAAAGAAGUUCCAUGACUACGUAUUCGGCCGUCCAUUUCAGAUCCAUACAGACCACAAGCCGCUCCUGGGGCUCUUCACAUCAGACCGGCAAACGCCACAGAUGCUUUCACCACGAAUGUUACGAUGGUGCAUUUUUCUUAAUGGAUACCAGCAUACUCUCCACCACCGACCAGGAAAACAGUUAGGCCACGCAGAUGGUCUCAGCAGACUGCCUCAAGCGGACCAGUGCCAGGAUGACCCUUCGCAAGCAGAGGUCGUCAUGCUUCUGGACGUACUUUCAGAAUCUCCAGUCCAUGCAGACGAUGUAGCUAAGUACUCCGCCAAGGAUGCUAUCCUCUCCCGUGUCCUCAACUGGGUGUGGAAGGGGUGGCCAAGGUGCGCUCCGAGUUCCGAGUUCACACCUUUCAUGUCCAGGCAACAUGAACUGUCCGCCCACAAGGGAUGCUUACUGUGGGGUGACCGUGUGGUGAUUCCACUGAAGUUGCGUUUCCGGGUCCUCGAAGCUCUGCAUGUCGGACACCCUGGCAUCGUCAGAAUGAAAGCGCUUGCCCGCAGAUAUGUAUGGUGGCCCGGCAUGGAUGCGGCCAUUGAGGAAUGGGUCCGGCGAUGUUUUCCUUGCCAGGAAACACGGCCCGAGAUGCCUCGGGCACCUGUGCACCCAUGGGAGACGACCCGGACACCAUGGUCACGCCUGCACAUUGAUUUCGCUGGUCCCUUCCAAGGACAGACCUUCUUGAUUGUGGUGGACUCUUAUUCCAAAUGGCUGGAGGUCAUACUAAUGUCGUCAAUGACAUCGAGUGCUGUAAUCACUAGCUUACAAAGAUUGUUCGCAACUCAUGGCCUGCCAGAUACCCUUGUUUCAGACAACGGCCCGCAAUUCACAUCCACAGAAUUUCGAGGGUUCCUAGAUGCCAACCUCAUCCGCCAAGUGACAUCUGCACCGUUCCAUCCAUCCACGAACGGGCAGGCCGAAAGGAUGGUACGGACCACCAAAGAGGCAUUAGCUCGAAUAAUCCGAGGAAGCUGGGCAAAGCGGUUGGUAGACUUCACUCUACAGCAGCGUGUAACUCCGCACACAGUCACGGGGCGCGCCCCGUGCGAGUUGUUGAUGGGCAGCCAACUGUCUACCAUGCUGGAUCGGCUGCAUCCAGACCGGGCCCCUGACAAGUCCUCCCGGUUGGCAGAAGUUCUGCCAACACCACGCAUAUUCCAGCCCGACGACCCUGUAUUUGCACGUAACUACGGCCAGGGCCCACCAUGGGUAUCUGCUGUGAUUUCCAGAGCAACUGGCCCGAUCUCUUAUGAGGUUGCUCUUCCGGAUGGUCGUGUGUGUCGCCGGCACGUGGACCAGCUUCGUCGGCGGAGCAGCAUUCCGAUGAGGUCAGCCGAAACUGUACCUGAAGGCCAGCCUGAGGUUCAGCCUUCGUCAAGCCCUUCACCUGGCGGAAUGAGCAGCAGCAAGACACCAGAUCCCAGUGAAACCGAGGAGAACCCGACAGCCAUGCUACCUCCCGAGGCGCAACCAACAGUCAUGCUUCCUUCGGACGACAUAGCAGCACCUCAGCCAGCACCAACAGAGCAAAGUGUAGAAUUGCCGGGCCCACGCCGUUCGCAGCGUUCCCGGAAGACACCACAACAUCUUCGGGACUUUGUGCUGGCAUUGGCUGACUGUUGA